CAGAGCAGGCAAGUGGCUAGCAGGCACCGAGCAACCAUGGCAGACACACACAGUCUUUACCUGCAAGCAAUUGAAGAGUCUACCACACAGUUCUUGGAAAUUUGGCACCAUUAUGACAAUGCUGGUCGUGGUUAUAUUGAAGGAAGAGAGCUGCAAAAUUUCAUUCGAGAACUUCAGCAAGCUCGGAAAGACACUGGCUUAGAAUUAUCUGACGGGAUGAAAGCUUUGGUGGAGAAGUACGACCAGAGUGCUGAUGGAAAGAUAGAGCUGGCAGAUCUUGCUCAGAUCCUACCUACAGAAGAAAACUUCUUUUUGUUCUUUCGGCAACAAUUAAAGUCAAGCACAGAGUUCAUAGAGACGUGGCGAAGAUAUGAUGAAGAUCAUAGUGGCUUCAUAGAAGCAGAUGAGCUGAAGAGCUUUCUACGAGAUUUACUGAAGAAAGCAAAUAGGCCUUUUGAUGAAGUGAAGCUAGAAGAAUAUACCUUGACAACGCUUAAAAUGUUCGAUUCAAAUAAUGACGGAAAGCUGGGACUGGGAGAAAUGGCAAGGUUACUUCCUGAUAAAGAAAAUUUUCUUCUUAAAUUUCAGGGGGUGAAUAUGUCUUCAACAGAAUUUAAUGAUAUUUUUGACUAUUAUGAUCAGGUUGCUGGUUUCCCAGGUACCAGUGAUAAACUAAAUGGCACCAAUUUCCGACUUCAAAGUCAGAGCUCUUACCCUGGUAGCUGCAGCUUUCCAGUAUCUUGGCCUGCAUAUUAG